AACUACAACUUGACUUAAUGUUGCAACAAAAAAAAAAGUGAAACGAAAAUAAAAAAAUAAAUAAAAUAAUAAAGUGCGUUAAUUAUUGAAUGAGCAAGAUUAUAAAACUAUUGAAAAAUAUAUUAAAGUAAAUGAUCCUAUAAAUUAUAUACAAAUCUCAUGGCACAAAAGUGAUAUAAAAUAAUUUUAUUAUUGAAUUUGUGUCAUUUUAAAUCUAUGUAUGUUAGUUAGUUAGCUAGUUAAUCAGUAAACAGUUUUUAAUAAAUAUAGAUAUAACCAUUUCUUGCCGUUAAAAAUGCCGAAGCGAUCUCCCAGAUUGAUCAUCAAGUCGACGAGGAAAUAUGCCAAGUAUUUGUUUGUUGUUUUUGCCAUCUUUUUAGCUCUAGUUGGUGUAUUCUGUACAGUAUUUUCAAAAAUAUUUGUAAAUCGUUUUAUUGAUAGUUAUAUGGAACUACGGCCAGGCAACAAAAUAGUUGAUAUGUGGACAAGUCCGGAUGUGAAUGUUACAAUAGACCUAUAUUUCUUUAACUGGACGAAUUCGGAUGAUUUUUUCACUCCAAAUGUGAAGCCAAAACUAGAAGAAAUUGGUCCCUAUAGUUUUCUCGAAGUGCCACAAAAAGAAAUUUUCAAAUGGCAUCCAGAGAAUAACACAUUGGAUUAUGGUAAAAAACAUUAUUACUAUUUUGACAAGGAUAAGAGUAAGAGACAAUUGGACGACAAACUGGUAACAGUGAACGCAUUACUAGUGGCAGCCGCUUCGAAAACCAGAGAUUGGUCUUAUAUGAAACGAACCGUCGUGGAUAUGGCUUUGAGACUGUACCAAAAUGGUAUUGUUUGGAAGCGAACGGCUGAAGAGUUUUUCUUUAAGGGAUUUGAGGAUAAUAUUGUGAAUUUAUUAUCUAUAUUUCCUUCAUCGUUCCGCAGUGCAAUGGGUAUAUUUGUACCAUGGGAUCGUAUUGGAUUUAUUUAUGGGCGCAACGGUUCCACUGACUUGUUAGGCACUCACACUAUUGGCACUGGUGUGGGAAACAUGGAGGAAUUUGGUCAACUUCUUUUGUGGAAUGGCAAAAAUUAUUCUGAAUAUUUUCCUCAGGAAUGUUCAGCCGUUAAAGGAUCACCUGGAGAGUUUCAAAAGACAAACCUCAAAAAGAAUGAAUCGAUACAAUACUUUUUUACUGAUUUUUGCCGUUCAGUAAAUUUAGAUUAUUUGGAUGAAAUCAUGGUGGAUGGUAUUUUGGGAUACCGCUAUAUAAUAUCACCAAAUUUCUUCGAUAAUGGAACCUUAAAUCCCGAUAACCAGUGUUUUUGUAAUGGCGAGUGUUUACCCUACGGUGCAGCCAAUAUUUCUGGAUGUUGGUUUGGCCUUCCCAUUUUCAUUUCAAAUCCUCAUUUUAUGGAUGCCGAUCCAUAUUUUAUAUCCAAAAUUGAUGGUUUGAAACCAGAUAUGGAUAUACACACUACUACGGCCAUUUUGGAACCACGUACAGGUUUUAUGUUGGAACUUAGAGCCAGACUUCAAAUGAAUUUCUACAUACAACCAAGUUCCCAUAUAAGAUCAUAUCAAACAGAACGUCGUAUGCUGUUUCCAGCUUUCUGGUUUGACAUGCAUAUGCGAAUUUCCAAAAAUUCUAUCAUAUUAUUAAAAAUUAUUAACAAUCUUGAAAUGUAUUGUCACAUCUUUGGUACUUCAAUAAUGACAAUAUCAUUGUUGAUAUUCCUGUGGCAGCCUUUGAAACGGGCCUGGAAUAAACGUUAUACUCAUCACAUGGAAAUUAAUACAAUGGCCGAUGACGACGAUUAUGAUAAUGAAGACGAUGAAAAUAAAUACAAAAAUGUCAAGGUUAGGGAGGCUUUGUAUAGUUUACCUCAAAACUUCCCCUCGCUCUUAUACAUUUCUCAUCCCAGGCGUAGUUUACCGGUUAUAAUUUCUCAUUUGGAUGAGGAUGAAGCAUUAAGUUCGUGUCUGGAGGAUAGUCGGCGAGAAGAUUUUGAAAAAGACUUUGAAAAUAUGUCUCGGAACAAAGGCAAUAGUUGAUAAAAUGUCUUUAAAGUACAUAGUUUUAUAUAUAUAAAUAUUUACGUAGGUUUAAAUUAAGUAGUCAUUUUUUAUAAGGAUUUUUACUAUAAGGGUACAUUUGAUUGUUCACAAAGUUAUUUAUACAUUUUUCUGUUGAAAAUGUAUUUCAAUCAGCAGUCUGUUUUUUUUACUUAUUAGUUUUAAAAUUUUCUAUUAUUUUGUUAACUUUUGGGUUUGAGUGCUAGAAAAUCUUACAGACAAUUUUCACGACAACUAUAUCUACAAUCCGGAAUGAAGAGAUCGCUCUCGACCAAAUAUUAGCUACUUAGGGGAAGCUGAAUCAACGGAAAGUAUAACUUUCUACGACAGCAGACAUGUUGCACCUUUUAUAUAUAUUUAGUUUUUCAUUCCAUUCGCAAUUUCUAGAAUAUUGAAUUGCGAAACUACGAGUAUACUCUGAAUACUGUCUGUUGAAAUCAAUAAUUCUCAUAAAGAAAAAUUGUUUUUAAUAAUAAAAAUCGACCAGAAUUUAUUUUACAUAGUACAUAUUAAGGUGUAGGAUAUAUAAGAUUCGACAAUGUCGAAUAUAACACUGUAACUUUAUUAUAUUUUCAUAAUAGGUGGUUUUAAAUAAAUACUCUUUAUUAUUAAAAA